UCCCACUCUUGUUAUUCUCCGAACCGGCCUUGACUGGUUCAACUGUUGUUCAUCACCCUCAACUAAUCACAUCGUUGCAUCCGAUCAUCUUCUCAUCUCCAUACCCUCCUCAUCGCCAUCCCCGCAUUCUCUUCCGCCAUGGCUAUUAGUGACAUCGUCUCCGAUCCUUCUCUGCUGCCCGUGUUGGGUUCCAGCGCCGAAACUUUGGAACAAUGCACGAAAUUGUUGGCAUUGUUGGAUCCCACGGCCAACGCCACUUCCGACUCUCAAGACACUGUCUUGGCUGCUUCGAAGCAGCAGAAACAUCUAUUUGCCCUUUUGGCCAAGCUUCGGGGUCAAAACCGAGACGCGAUCUUUCGAGUUCGCGACACAAAACAAUCGACUGCAGAGGCCCGCCAGGAAAUUGACCGGUUACAUCUUCAAUUGCAGAAUCUGUAUUAUGAGCAGAGGCACUUGACUGGGGAGAUUGCGGCCUGCGAGUCUUAUGACCAUAAAUAUCUCUCCCUGCCUUUGAUACCGAUUGAGGAGUUUCUCGAGCUCCAUCCAGAACACAAGGAAUCCGAUGAUCACGAACUUAUGAUUGCUCGCAUCAACCACGAACAUGCCGAACGGGAGAAACUGGAGCAGGCACGCCAGGAGCUUCUCAAGCGCAAACAGGCCUUGAUCGCGGAGAACAACAAGAGAAAAGAGGAUCUUGCCAAUUUGGACCAGGAUCUAGAACGAUUCAUCGACGUAUGUACCCAAGCUUUCUAUUUGGUCAUAUUGUGAUCAAUUGCUGACACCGUCAUCUUUUAGGCGGCGAGGCCCAUUCAGAAGAUAUUCGAAAAAGAAUACUAAAAAUACGGCUGUUUAUCCUUUUUAUUUCACACCUAUCUAUGUCUCGGAACGGCG